UGGGGCAGCCACCCGAGGGGGAAAGCAACACAUGCUGUGCUAAUGGGGGUCACUUCUGCCCCCUUCCUAAAUUCUUUGGCCUCGGGGGCAGAGAAGACGGGAGGAGAUGGACUCUGUCCUGUGUGUCUUGCGCCGCAGCAUGCAGUGCCGUCUGGGAAGCAGUGGAAGGGGCAUGUGGUAUGGUCGCUUUUCUCACAGAAUCAUUCCCCUCCCCAGCCACAGCCACUCACUUCAGCUUCUGUCGGAACCUCCUGGAGCACACGGUGUCGGCGGAAAACCUCCACUACCGUCUGCAGCGGAACUCAGGCAGCAGCUUCACCUGGCACGAUGGGCGGAGCCAAAGGUCAGCGGGAGGCAGGACCGUCAAGCUCCUACAGCAGCCAGGAACGGAAGGCUCACAGGCUCGUCCCUGUGAUCACUAUGGCAUUUACCACACCAGCCCCACGCUCGGCAGCCUUACCAAGCCAGUGGUGUUAUGGACCCAGCAGGACGUGUGCAGGUGGCUAAAGAAACACUGUCCGCAUAACUAUCUCUUCUAUGUGGAGGCCUUUUCCCAUCACGCCAUCACAGGUCGGGCGCUGCUGCGGCUGAACGCGGAGAAGCUGCAGCGCAUGGGCAUCGCUCACGAGUCUCAGCGGCAGGAGGUCCUCCAGCAAGUCCUGCAGCUCCAGGUGCGGGAAGAAGUCCGGAACCUACAGCUGCUCAGCCAAGCUUCUUUUGGAAGUGUCUCCUAGUCGAGCCACCUGGUUGGCAGAUCGUUCCAACACUGUGAACCGAGCACCUCUGGGAUGAACUGUGGACUGCAGAUCUGGAAACCUGACUCGCAUGCUUGGACUAUGAAGAGCCAGUUGCCAAACCAUUCAAGGGUCUUCUCUCCCUCCUCCUUCCCUCCCUCGCUCUCACUCAUUAAAUGUUUUCUGUUCAGAGAUCAGACAUUUUCUCCGGCAGAGGUGGCUGACCAUUACAGGCAAACUAGGAGAAUGGUCACCCGGACAUGGGACGUGCUGCUCUCUGGAUCCAAUCAACCACAGGGAGAAAGACCUCAAGAUGAAUGUGGUAGCUGGAGACUGUUAACAUUUUAAGAGUGGAGUUGCAACACAGUUGUGCUUGGGACGAAUCCAAACCAUGCUACAGGGAAACCUCGUGUAACCCACUGACAUGCUGUAACUGGGAGGCUGUGGAGGUUCCCAGACUCGAUGGUGUCGGUACCUCGGCGCUUACUUGGGAAUCUUUCAUUCUCCCUUUAGACUGGGCUGUCUUCCCGGGUCCUAGGAGAUAACGUGAUCAGCAGCAAAUGAGAUGCCCGGACAAACCAGACUAACAAGGCAGAGCCGAGCCACUCAAGGUUGGCUUCGCUUUGUGACUUAAAACGAGAGCUGAGGCGCUGAAGCCAGAACGCGAACCGAUAACGGGGAAAAGGCAGGAUCCACACACUCGGCAAGGCCCCUGUGAUCUCUAGGACGUGGUACCAUUGGGUUGGCGUUGGUUCGUCCUCAUGUAUGGGCCGUAGAGGAACCAUAAUUAGUUAGUCUUUGGUUUGGCACCAACCCUCUGGGUUUUGUGCAUUGCUGAUGCAGCUGGAGCUGAGCACGAAUGGGUCCUCUGCACAGCUCAGAAAUGUGGCCAAGGCCGUGCCCGAACGUUCGUGCACAAACGUGCAAGGUCCUAACAGCUCACGCUGGCUGCAUUUAAAUGCAGUGGCACCUGCGGGGCCGGUGGGUUCAAUGUCGGGAUGUGGUUGGCUCGAGGGCUGCAAAUUUAGGGCUCCUGGGUGCAAUAUUCCGUUGCUUCUGUGUCCUCUUAGCCCCUUCAUCUGCAGAAAUCCUGAUAAAAUCUCCAUGUUGGUCUCUUUUUUUUUUCCCAACCUGGUUCAUUUGCAUGUCGAGCUUCCCCCGUGUUCUGUGUGGCGCUCUGAGUCUCCGUCUUGGUCUCCAUGGCGUGAUUCAUACCAGCAGCCCUCUUUUGCCCCCACAUCUAGCCCCUCCUUUCACACUCCGCCCUGAGAGCGCACGCAUUGCUUCUAGGACCACUGGCGGGUGUUUCAUCUUUCACAGACUGGCAGGCAGGUAAGAAACUGUGAAACAUAAACCCUGGACUUUUUGUCUAGGCUUGUGCCUCUCUGGUGUGUCCCAGAUGGUCCAUUCUUCUGUAACUUUGUGACUAGGGCAAACCUGUGCACCUCCGUUGUCUUUUCCAUCCAAGCGCAGAUUUUUUUCCAUCCCUGAGCAGAAUAAAUUUUUAUAUGCACCGAGGUAGGUGUGAGUGUGCACCACCAAGAGAAACACAAAACCUAGCUGUGGGUGUUCUGCUCAUCAGCUGGGCGGCAUUUGAAUUUCUCCUGAACAACAGCAUAAGUGCCCAGCUUACAGGGAACUCUGCCAUGCACCCAGAAAGAAGUCAGAAUUGUCAUCAACCCCCAAGUGUCUGGGACCAGUGCUUCUCCAUCUUCACUUGCAGUGCCCCUCAAAUGUCUAAAUCCAAACCCAAAAACAAACAAAACUCAUCAUCCCCCUGUCUUAUCUAGAUCCAGGCAAAUUAUUUGCUAUGCAUAAUGUAUUCUAUGAACCUCGCUGGGUUUUUUCUCUUAACAAUGUAACAGACUUUUUUGUUUUGUCCGAAUUUGCCCAUUCUUGGAUAUUACUCAGAAGAUAGUUGUGUAAACAUUUGGGGUGACGUAGAACGAGAACCAAUCGUUGGAAGUAGAAGGUAGAAAAAUCCAAACUGGAAACAAGAUGGACAAUGUUAAUAGCAAGGGUACUUGACUUCUGAAAUGGCUUACCAAAGGAUACGAUAAGUUCUCAGUCUCUUGAAGUAUUUAAAUCAAAAUCGGGUGCCUUUCUCAACAAGAUGCUGUAGUUUAACCACAAGUAAUUAAACCAGAUGGUGAAAUAGUGCGGUCUGCGUUACACAAGCGGUCAGACUACAUGUCUGUAGUAUAAUAGCCUUUGCUAGGCUUCAAAUAGUCACAUAUCAGAUCUCUGUGAUUGGUCUCUUAAGUCACAGGGCAUACUUGCUGCAUCCUGAUUGGAUGAUUCAUGAGCUGGGCUCCUCGUUUGUGUGAUUAGAAAACCCCCAAAAUUCUCUGAUUUAAAAAAAAAAUACACGUUUUCUCACGCUCAAAAUGAAAUGCUGAACUUUAGUUUUCCGGGCACAGUAGACAUAGUUAUCAGUUGAACACAAUCUUUUAUUGAUGUAUUUACAAUUUGUAAACAGCCCAAGCCCCGCCCAUUCUCCUGAUUAUCUGAAUUUUUGAUGAUUCAAUCUGGCCCUGUCCCAAUUAGAUGAGAUCAUCGGGGUUCCACUGUAGAUGGUUUUAUUUAGUCACAAAAUGUAAAAACUAAAAUUUCUCUGUAAAAAAUGCACAUUCUGCCUUUUUCCAGGGCAAAUGGAUUUCUGUGCUCCCGCCUCGUGUGCCGCUUUCAGGAUGGUUCUGUGAACUCUCCUGAGCUGGAUGCUACUGAAAAUACUCCCUCACAGGAGUAGCCAUAAUGAUUUCCGUCUGUGAACGUCCUUGGGAAUAAAAUAGGCGGGCACACAGCAUCCCACAAAGUGGCUAAAGCAGGCUGAGGACCUUGAAAGGAUAGAAUGUACCUAGAUCAGGGGUGAGCAAUCCAUUUUCGCAGGGAGGGCCACUUAAUGAAUUUUGAUACAUAGUCAUCGGUCGGCUUCAUCCCCGGAAGGGAUGGCGCCUGUGACAGAAGGGGUAGGAUUGAGGACUAGUCUCCCCGCAGAGUUGUCUGGGACCGGAGGCUUUGAAUUAAAAACACAGGAAAGCGCUUGUGGAUCUGGGCCCUGCCAGGGUAACACCACAAUCGGGAAUCGGGAGCCGCUUAAAUAGGAACUGGCUGCCUGAGCCGCCGCUUGGAAAUUCAGUGGCAUGAACAGCAGGACAUAAAUAGAAAGCACCCAGAUGCAGUCCAUGGGCCGGACCAUAGGGUUAGGUGGGCCAAAUCUAGCCCUUGGGCUACAUUGUGCCCGGCCCUGACCUAGGUAAUGCUUAUACUGCAGUCACCCAGCUCCGGGCGAAAGCAAACAAAAUUGCACUUGCGUCUUGUUGACUCAAUGCAAUGAGAGUUUUCUAGGAGACUAUUUCUUCUCCUGAACAUCCCAGCCCAAACUACUCAGAACUUCUGCAGCUUGAAAAUAGUCUGUGGGCUUUCUAGUGAUGUCUAGAUGACCUCAAGGAAAGUGGUACACUUCAGAAGUGUCGCUCGGGAGGAGAUGCAGGCAGGAGAAGGGGAAUUGCAGCUUUCUCAGGCUCCUGCGAGGGGCAGGGAUGGUUUGUGGGCACCUCAGAAGAAAGACAUGGCUUUUAGUUUUUGACAGUGUUUAGGAUCCAAAACGAUGCCACACACAUGCCUCAGAAAGGCGAAUCAAGGGGCCUGUAAUCUUUGCCACAGUGGGAGUGUGGGUGGGGGGGGAGGUGUCUUUUUGCUCUGAAUUAACAGUUCCGUACCGCUAACAACACACGGGAAAGGAAAGGCCUUUAGCUCGAGCAGAAGCCGCAUUUCCAAAAUGAAUGUAUCAGUUUGCAAAGAGACAGGCCAAAGCAAAAUGGGUCGUCUUGUCUGGCCACAGGGAGCAGCCAGCUUUGUCUCUCUCUGUUCUUGAUUUGUAUGUGUUAGAGUCUGGAGUCUUAAGAAAUAAAGCGGUGUUCCAUUGCAGUCCUCCAGCGAGAAUAUUUCAUGCAGGUUUUGUGGUUUAGCUCCAUGUGGUGCCUACACUGCCGAGGGACAGCCAGCAGCUGAGAACAUGUAUCCACCACCCAACUGCCUCUCCUGCAGAAGUGUCAUUACAGACCAUAGCACGGCAACAGCCAGACAAAACCAGCAAUUUUAACUUCAGCUGAAACGUUUACAUGAAUUGGCUUCAGCUGUGUGCGCCCCUUUUGUGUUUGCUCCCUGUAGAUAGUCUAGCAAAUGAGUUUCCUGGCAGGACUGUUUGUGAAUUUUCGGCAAAUGUUGACUUUUCCGAG